ACUUGCAAAAGCCCUUAACAAAAAUCAGCUUGUAGGAUCGAUUCAACCACAACCAACGUGUAAAAUUUGAAAUGGUCAAUUGCAAUACUACUACUGUCUUCGCCGCUAUCGGUGUAGCGUAUAUUGGUUAUAAGCUUUUGAGUCUGUUGAAAACUGUGUUCGAUGUCUAUAUCGCCAAGGGUACUUCUCUGAAAAAGUUUGGUGCAGGCCAAGGCUCUUGGGCAGUCGUUACUGGUGCAACGGAUGGUAUUGGAAAAGAGUUUGCUUUGCAACUGGCAAAAAACAAGUUUAAUAUUUUCUUGAUUUCUCGUACACCCGCCAAGUUGGAAGCUGUUGCUAAGGAAAUCUCUGAUAAAUAUGGGGUGGAAACCAAAAUUUACGCCAUGGAUUUCACCAAAGGAGAUGCAUUGGAUUUCAACAACCUUAGUACGCAGCUCAAUGCUAUCCGUGUAGGUGUUUUGGUCAAUAAUGUUGGCGUUAAUCACGAUAUUCCUACACCUUUUGUUGAGGAAGAUGAUUCCGUCAUCAACAACAUUGUGGAAGUGAAUAUCAAGGGAUUAAUGAAGAUGACGAAGCUUGUUCUUCCCCAAAUGAAAGCAAACCGUGGUGGUUUGAUUCUCAAUAUGGGUUCAUUUGCCGGUUUAGUCCCUACACCUUAUUUAUCCGUCUAUUCAGCCGGUAAAGCCUUUUUAUCUACUUGGUCUCAAGCCUUGGGUAUGGAAGUGAUGAAAGAUGGCAUUGUUGUAGAACAUGUGAACACCUACUUUGUCGUUUCUGCUAUGAGCAAGAUUCGUAAACCCUCUGCUUUGAUCCCUAUGCCUAAGGAUUAUGUCGCUAGUGUAUUGAAGAAGGUCGGUGUUCCUUGCGGCGCCAAUGUUCCUUUCACAUCUACUCCUUAUCCUAUGCAAGGUUUGGCUAACUGGGCUAUUAAUAACGUUUUUUCCAGACAUUUCUGGGUAAAACAAAACAACAAUAUUCAAUUAGAUAUCAGAAAACGUGCUCUACGCAAGCGUGAACGCGAAGCUGCUGCUGCUCGUAAGACAGAAUAGAAGGAUCGCGCAGCGAUAUAUAUUUGUAUAAAAUGUGAUCUACGUAUUUAUAUAUAAAAGAGUAUAAAUAAAAAAGCUAUCUAAUGUAUAUGUGAAGCAAAAGUAUAUAUUUUCAAGAAAUGGUAUUUUCUACAUGCAACUUGAGUAUAGAAGAAAAGAAAGGAAAAGAAAAAAAAAAAAAAAACCAAGA